CAACGACACCGACACCGAACCACCAGAACCACCCAGCCCAGUGCCACGCAAUGCCACGGUGAGACAGCCGUUACAGCACGAAGCCAGUAAUAGGCCGGAUCUGCCAUGCCCGCGUAGCAGGAUGCAGCCGCAAAAACAACACGGAACUGGCUGAGCGGACCUCGUCGUGGCGUCGCGGCCCCCAACCGGGCCGCCACAGGAGGCGGUCAGCCGUCUUUGCCGGCCCUGCCCCGUCUCUGCCUGCAAAUCAAACGCCCGACGCCGCCUCAGCUGCCGAGUCCUAUUGGGUGCGGUACUUCCCAGCCUGGCGAGGCCCGGGCCCGCGGGCGGACGGCCCACCCUCGAACACGCUGGGCGGGCUCUUUUGCUCUGGCUGCUGCUGCUGCCAGAUGCCAAACGCCAAACGCCAAACGCCAAACGAGCAGCGGAAACGACUGGUGCUUACAUACCCUGGACUGCGGGCGAGGGCGAUUAGCCGCUCCGUUGCUGGUGCUGCUGGUGCUGCUGGUGCUGCUGGUGCUGCUGGUGCUGGCUCUGCUGGCUCUGCUGCAAAGACUAGACUCGACUCGACUCGACUCGGGCCGUGGUUUUUGAGGCCGUCGUGGGUGAUGCCAGUGCCGGGGGGCAGUGUUGCCUGGACCUGGACCGUUUGCCCGUGGCCCUGUGGGGUUUCUUGUUCACAUCUUCCCUCAGAUCUUCAUUUUGCCCCGAUCUCCCUCCCCUCCGAAACACUCUCGUGUGUUGCCAUUUAAGACGAUGCGGGCGCCGCUUUCUUGGUUUUUCCCAUUCAUCUUCCGGGACUGAUUCUCGUACACACACCCCCUUUCCCUCCCUUUCACUUCUUAACCACAAGGCAGCUGGUCUCUUGUGCAUGUGUGUUUCUAUAAUUCUUUUUCUCCCAGGGUAAUUCAAGAGUCUCGUCGUUGCCGGCCAUCGACAGUCCGUCCUUCCAAACCGAUUCCCACGCAGACGUGCACGAUAAUAAAUCACAUCCUUUCACUCCUUCAGGAUGCGUUAUAACUCAGUCUUUCACGGCCCGCCCUCCCCUUCAGAUGCAGGGCUCAUCAAGCUCAAGACAGGGCCCGGCCCUUUGAAGUUGCAGAAGGAGCGCCUCCCAACAUCCCAACACCACCGCGUGCGCAAGGCUUCUCUCUCGACCGGGUCAGGCACGGGCACGGGCACGGGGACAGGCACGGGCACGCCGUCGGGCACAGCAACAGGCGCCAGCACCCCUCCGUCCUCCGUCGACCCCCACUCCUCGGCAGCCCCUCCCGUGAAGAGGGUCAAGAGCCUGCGCGCCCCCACCGAGGACGCCAUCAUCGAGGUCAAGACCCCCGUCACCGCCCGGCCCCGGCUCGACAGCAGCACCGGCGCCGGCAACAGCAGCAGCCACCAGAACCCCGCCCUCCCGGAGCUCAAGCCCUGGGAGUCGUACCUGCACUGGCUGUGCCUGACCGAGGAGCCGGGCACCCUGUGGAGCUCGUCCCUGUGCGCCACCUUCCACGAGUGCCUCGUCACCAACCCGGGCGCCGCCAGCGUCCAGGCCUCCGAGUACGCCGCCCGCAUCGACGACAUCUACUGGAGCUUCUACCUGCCCCUCGACCCGCUGUUGCAGUUCAUGGAGGACCGCAUCCUUUCGGGCUACCUGCUGCACGUCUGGACCAUGUUCAUCGAGCUGGGCAAGAGGAUCCCGCACGACGACCCCGCCCAGGAGAAGCUGGUCGACCUGCUCAAGGAGCUCGUGCACCUGCCGCCCAUGGAGGUGCGGACGUGGGAGGGUAACGACGCCCCGUGGACCGACCUGCCCACCCUCGACGACGCCCUGAUUGCCGCGUGGGACGAUCUGUACGACCCAGAAGUCCAAAUGUCCGACCCGGAGUGCCACUGGGUAAACUACUUUGCCUUCCUCGGCCGCCUCGUGUCCGCGGACGUGACGCCCGACUGGUGGGAGAUCCCCUCCAUCACGCUCAAGGAGGUCCUCGCCGAGGACGUCGCGCCCAACUACCUGACCGUCUACAAGACCAUGGCCCUGGCCGAGUACAUGAACCACGCGGGCGACGCCUUCUUCGAGUGGUGCAUCGACUCGGGCAUGCUCGACACGCGGGUGUCCAUGGCUAUCAUCUCGCCGCUGCUCGAGACGCCCGUCCAGCGGGACUGGUUUGAUAAGAGGCGGGUGGUUGGGGGUGAUGCGGAUUCGGUUGACUGAGGGGGGGUUGGAUGAUUAAUCAAGUGUGUGUGAAAACGGAGCUUCGAUUGUUGCAUUUUUCUUUUGUGGAUGGAACAGGGGAAGGGACGGGGACGGGGACGGGGCAAGGGACAGGAUGACAAUAUGGCAUAUAUGGUGUUUGGUUGGCUGGAUGGGACGGGUCUAGACGCGGCAUUAGAGCGUAUAUUGUUUUCGGGGAGAGCGAGACGACAGCCAUCGUACACACAUAACCACUAGGUAUUAUAAAUCCACACAAAGCCAGACAAA